AUGGACAUACUGUUUGCUCAGAUCCAAGCGGAUCUCCGGUCCAACGACGCGCUCCGGCAAUCCGGCGCAUUGCUGCAGGCGCUGCAACAAUCCGCCGCCGGACGGGAUAUCUCCGUCAUCGCAAAAUCCGCCGUUGAGGAGAUAGUUGCUUCCCCGGCCUCCGCCGUCUCCAAGAAACUCGCCUUCGACCUCAUCCGCUCGACCCGCCUCACGGCUGAUCUGUGGGAAACUGUGUGCACAGGCAUUCGUAACGAUCUCGAUUUCCCGGAUCCUGACGUCACUGCGGCUGCCAUCUCAAUCCUGGCCGCCAUCCCUUCCUACCGCCUUGGCAAACUCAUUAAUGACUGCAACAAAGAAAUCUCCGCCUGCUUCGAUUCGGUUAGUGAUAAUCUCCGGUUCUCGAUAACCGAAACCCUAGGCUGCAUCCUUGCGCGAGACGAUCUAGUGACAUUGUGCGAAAACAACAUUAAUUUGCUCGAUCGUGUCUCCAAUUGGUGGACCCGCAUUGCUCAAAACAUGCUUGAUAAAUCCGAUGCAGUUUCGAAGGUCGCAUUUGAAUCCAUAGGCAAACUUUUUCAGGAAUUUGAAACGAAAAGGAUGAGUCGGCUAGCUGGGGAUAAGUUAAUCGAUACUGAGAACUCAGUUGCAGUCCGAUCAAAAUGGGUUUCAUCAAUGGUUGAUUUUGUUUGGAAGAAGCGAAAUGCAUUGAUGUCGCGGUCAUUAAUUCUACCCGUAGAAAGUUUUAGAGCUACAAUUUUCCCGUUGGUUUAUGCGGUUAAGGCAAUGGCUUCAGGUUCAAUAGAGUCAAUCAAGAAGCUAUCUUGGUCCACAAAUAGUAGGAAUAAUACAGCGACUGAUAUCAGUAAUGCUGAGAGCUUUGUAGGAGUGUCAGAUGUGGUGUCACAUUUAGCUCCAUUUCUGGUGUCUUCUUUGGACCCUGCUCUGAUAUUUGAAGUGGGGAUUAAUAUGCUAUACUUGGCCGAUGUUCCUGGAGGGAAGCCUGAGUGGGCCUCUAUAUCAAUUAUAGCAAUUCUCACGCUUUGGGACAGGCAGGAAUAUUCUUCUGCACGUGAGAGCAUAGUCAGAGCUGUUGUUACUAAUCUGCAUCUCCUUGACCUUAGUAUGCAGGUAUCACUGUUCAAAAAGCUGCUUCAUAUGGUGAGGAACUUGAGGGCAGAAUCAGACCGAAUGCAUGCUUUGGCGUGCAUCUGUCGAACUGCCCUCUGUGUUGAUCUUUUCUCGAAGGAGAGUGUUCGUCGUGGUCAAAAGCCAGUUUCAGGUACUGAUAUAGCUUCCCUAUUUGAAGAUGCGAGAAUAAAGGAUGACCUCAACAGUGUAACCAGUAAGAGCUUGUUUAGAGAAGAAUUAGUGGCAAUGUUGGUGGAGAGCUGUUUUCAGUUGUCCUUGCCGCUGCCUGAACAGAAGAGUUCAGGUAUGGAAAGCAGAGUGAUUGGAGCCUUAGCCUAUGGUACUGGUUAUGGUGCUUUGAAUUGGACAGAACCAGCGUUGGAAGUGGUGGAAGUGUGUAGGCCAUGUGUUAAAUGGGAUUGUGAUGGUCGAACAUAUGCCAUUGAUUGUUAUCUGAAGUUGCUUGUUAGACUUUGUCACAUUUAUGAUACACGAGGGGGUGUCAAAAGAGUUAAAGACGGGGCUUCUCAAGAUCAGAUACUGAACGAAACACGAUUACAAAAUCUUCAACGGGAACUUGUCAAGGAUCUUCUCGAGGUUAGCACCCCUAGAAUUAGUGCCCGCCUUCUCUGGGCUAUUUCAGAGCACAUUAAUUUGGAGGGGUUGGACCCCCUUCUUGCUGAUGACCCUGAUGAUCCGUUGAAUAUAGUUAUAUCAAAUAUCCAUAAAGUUCUAUUUAACAUUGACUCGGCCGCGAACACUACAAAUAGGCUUCAAGAUGUUCAAGCAGUUCUUUUAUGCGCACAGCGGCUGGGAUCACGAAAUGCUAGGGCUGGGCAGUUGCUGAUUAAAGAGCUUGAAGAAUUUAGAAGCAAUCCCUCUGCUGAUUCAGUCAACAAACACCAGAGCCGUUUAAUACUACAGAGAAUUAAAUAUGUUGCUAGUCAUCCAGAUGAUAAAUGGGCUGGGGUUAGUGAGACUACCGGAGACUACCCAUUUAGCCACCACAAGCUAACAGUUCAGUUCUAUGAUGCAUCUGCUGCUCAGGACCGAAAACUAGAAGGGUUGAUUCAUAAAGCAAUUUUAGAACUGUGGAGACCAGAUCCCAAUGAAUUAACUCAAUUGUUGACGAAAGGUGUUGACUCAAGUUUGAUCAAGAUCCCUCCAAGUGCAUUGACUUUGAGUGGUAGUAGUGAUCCUUGCUAUGUUGAAGGGUAUCACUUGACCGAUCCAAAUGAUGGAAGGAUUACUCUGCAUUUGAAGGUUCUGAAUCUUACAGAAAUUGAAUUAAAUCGAGUAGACAUCCGAGUUGGUCUAUCUGGUGGGUUAUACUUCAUGGAUGGGUCACCUCAAGCAGUGCGCCAGUUGCGUGAUCUUAAUUCACAGGUAAACCGGACAUGCUACUUUCGUUGUAGCCGCAAUUGA